AAAUGGAGGAGCUGAACGUCUGCACUCCGCCCAACUUGGAGUCAGACGCUCAAAGUAACAUAGUUAGUCCUACUUUAGCGGCUUCUGCCACACAACCUGACAAAGUAAUAAACAUUAAAACUGAUAGUGCCCCGUUUGGAGAGUAUGUCUUGCCAUGCAGGGAGUGUAAAUGAUGAGGAACUCCUGCAAGGUCUCCUGACUGACCAACACUGCCAUGUGUGUGAAGCUGUGCUGCUUUUUGAGCCUCAGCGACUCUCCCACUAUAAGGGAAAGAAGCAUGCCCAGAAGUUAAAGCUAUACCUGCAGACCAAGAAAGCCGGCAUGGCAAACACAGAGUCUACUGGACAACAGCAGAACAUGCCAACUGAUAAAGACCGUUUCUGUGAGCUGUGUAACAUGGUGUUUUCUUCUCCUGUGGUGGCAAAGUCGCAUUACCAAGGCAAGGUGCACACCAAGAAUGUUCGCAAACAUUGUCUUCAGAAGUCAGACAAGAACCGCGAGGUCAGCACGUCGUCUAGCCCUCAAAUGGAUUCUGCAAACAAUAUCUUUAUGUCAGGAUCAGGGGACGGCACGGACCAGACUACUGGCAAUCCAGACCCAAACAAGUACUGUGUCUUGUGUGCAGCCACCUUCAACAAUCAGCAAAUGGCCUUGCAACACUACAAUGGACGCAAGCACCAGAGGAAGAAGGCCAGACAUGAGCUGCUGGAAGAGCUUGGAGAUGAAGAAGCCAACACUCUGACGUGCACCAUGUGCAGUGUGCACUUUAACUCCGUGGAAAUGUACCAAGCCCACAUGCAUGGAGACAAGCACCACAUGAGGAUGAAGAAGGUCUUUAACCUUCACAAAUCCCAACAGAAAUCCUACAGCACGUUUGCAGAUGAACUUUCACAUUACAUUGAGAUCCAGAAAGCUCGUGGACUUGCACCCAAGAUUGGCCAAAUCCUUCCCAGGGCUGAACCUCCAAUGGAAGGCGAUCAACAUCACAACGUAGAAUAUUUACACAAGGAGCACAUGAGACCACAAAACCAGCCUACAUCCAGCUGUUACUCUCCUUACCCAGUCCAGCCUCGCUAUCCAGGCCGUCUUUGGGACUGCAGUAGUCCUCCAUCUUUCCCGCCCUCAAAGGCUUCACUGGAAUUCGCCGCUGCGCCUCGAAGGCGAUACAGAAAGUGCUCAGGCUCGUCAUAUACUAGCUCCUCUUCGUAUUCCUCUUCCUCCAGCAGCGCUGCGAGUGACAACGAGCAGAGAGAGAGGAGGAGGGCCAGAAGGUCCGAAAGGGACGGAGGAAGGCGAUCGAGAGAAGCAAACUCCAACAAGUUGAGGCGGAAGCAACGAAAGAGAGCGCGUGACGACGCCUCGGAGGAGAAGAGGAGAGAGGAUUAUGGAGAAUGGGACGAAGAGAGGAGACGAAAGCGCAGAAAAAGGGGCCAGGGAAAGAGGCCACUGGAGGAAGAUCAUGUCGAUCCAGUGGAAAGUAGAAAUAAGACUGAAGACGACGUGGAACAGUUGACUGACAGACUAGAGGAGGAUGUCAAGGGCAAAUCCAGAAAAGAGAAGAAAAAGACAAAAGAUAACAGAACAGAGGAGGAGAAGCUGUGGGAUGAUUCCAUUCUUGGCUGUUAAACCCAGGAAGUCAUUCACUGUGCUAGCUGGCUAGCCGAGUCGUGAGCUCUUCCUAUGCUUCAUUUACUCAGCACUUUACUCCCACUUUCACUUAUAACUCACACUGUUUCAUUCAGACCAUUGAAAGUGUGCUUGUAACACCUCUAGCAGCCUGCGGUGGGCGCUGUUGAUCCUUCUGAGUGACUGUGCAAUAUAUUGUCAUAAAUACUGUAUGCUGGCGUUCGAGGGCAAACAUGCUCUUCGGGAACUAAUAUCAACUAUAUUAUGAAGUAGUCAGCACAUUACUAAGAUAAAAUAUAUGCAUGGACGUGUGUGUGUUGGGAUUGACCUUUAAGCCAUCAAUCUGAAAUCAGAAGUUAUUAAACUCAAUUUAUUUUC